AUGGCAGGAAAUAAUGAAGAAUGGAGAAAAAUGGCAGAUACACACAAAAUGAGUCCAGAGGAAGUGAAAAAAGCUGGAGUUGAGUCCUCAAGGAGACCACCAGGUCAUAAUCCAGGUACUGUACUACAUCAAAGAGGGCGUUUGCCUUAUAGCAUUACUACAAUGACUAUCGCCGGUUUAGCUAUCACCGGUGCGGUUUGGUACGGUACUAUGUACGCGAUGAAGAAACCCGAAGCUUCCGCCGUCGACGUUGCCAAGGUAGCCACCGGAGUUGGUGGCCCUAAAGAUACUCAUCCUCGCAAGUGA